GCGGCCGAGGCGCGGAGGAUCGCGGCGGGCGGUGAGGCUCCCCCGGUGCGGCCGCGCCGCUCCCGAGCCCCUGGCGCCAUGGGGGAGCCGCGGUUCCUGCAGGCCGAGUGCGCGUUCCGGCCCGGGGCACACACGGUGCGGGUGACCCUGACCCGCACCGCGUUGCGGGUGGAGGUGGAGGCUCACGGCACCAGCGACCUGUGGAGGGGCGAGUUCGAUGCCGCCUUCAUCGAGGACCUGACCCGCAAAACGGGGAAUUUCAAGCAGUUUGGCAUUUUCUGCAGCAUGCUGGAGUCGGCACUGACACAGAGCAGCGACUCCGUCAGCCUGGAGCUCCUCACCUUCGCCGACCUGGAGACCCUGCAUAGCCGGAAAGUGGGAGCAGUCACCCGGCCUCCCCCUUCCACCUCUUCCCCCCUCAACUCCAAGCGCUACCUCAUCCUCAUCUACUCUGUGGAGUUCGAUAGGAUCCACUACCCACUGCCACUGCCCUACGCGGGGCGGCCGGACCUUGUGGCGCUGGUGCGGGAGCUGCAGGAGCAGCUGGGGCAGCUCCGGGCCCGGCGCCUGGAGGAGACGCAGCACUUGCGGGACGCGCUGUGGAAGGCACUGGAGGAGAAGCGGGCAGCAGAGACCCGGCACCAGCGCGAGUACCGGCAGCUGGCUGCAGAGCUGGCCCAGGCAAAGGCAUCAGAGCAGAAGCUGCAGCUGCGGGUGAAGAACCUGACAGCUGAACUGGCCUCCUGCAGGAGGGGCCGCCAGAAAUCUGCCAGCCCGGCCCCACGUGCCCAGGAGCGACGCUCGGCAUCCCUGGAGAGCCACAGGAGCAGCCGGAGCCACCCCUCGCCGAAGUCCCUGUCGCCUGCAGGCUCCCGCCCACCACGCUUCGACCCCACUGCCUUUGUCAGGGCCCGCCAGCGCCGGCAGAAGGAGGCUGAACUCAGAAACCAGCGGCGUGGAGUGGCUUCUGGCAGCAGCAGCCCGGCGAGGAGCCACAGGCGCAGCUCGUCUGCUGAUAGCUCCCGGAGCUGGCGCCUGGGAGGGAGCCCUGGCAGCAAAGCCCAUGAGCACCCCGAGCCCGUGCCCUGCAGGGACAGGAGAGUGACCCGUACACGGAGACCCCUGAGCACCUCGCUCUGCAAUGGCCCCUGUACGGUGCCUCGCCCAGCUGCCAGCCACAAGCUGCCAGUCUGCAGGACUGCUGCCAAGCGCCCUGGUAAAGAGAACCUCUCCAAGGAGCCCUCAGCUGAACUGGCUGAGAUCGAUGCCCGGCUGCAGGCUCUGCAGGAGUACAUGGACAGCCUGAACACCCGCAUAUGACCCCCUCCAGGGACACACGCCCUCUCCCUGUGUCCUCUGGAGUUUUGCUACAAGUGUCCCCCCAAAUAAACCCUUAUCUGGCCCCA